UGGGGAGGAUUUCUCAGUUGAGCCAACUGAAAACAGGAGGCCAUUCCGUGCACUCCUUGAUGUUGGGCUGAUCAAGACAACUACUGGAAACAGGGUUUUUGGUGCACUUAAGGGUGCCUUGGAUGGUGGAUUGGAUAUUCCUCACAGUGACAAGAGGUUCGCUGGCUUUGGGAAAGAAAGCAAACGGCUUGAUGCUGAGGUUCACCACAAGUACAUCUAUGGUGGUCAUGUGGCGGCAUAUAUGAGGACUUUGAUGGAAGAUGAGCCAGAGAAGUAUCAGUCUCACUUCAGUGAGUAUGUCAAAAGAGAAAUCGAGGCUGAUGACCUGGAGGCAAUGUACAAAAAAGUGCAUGCUGCCAUACGUGCUGACCCAACUGUUAAGAAGUCUGAGAAGGAGGCUCCUAAGGAGCACAAGAGGUACAACUUGAAGAAACUCACUUAUGAGGAGAGAAAGGCUAAAUUGAUUGAACGAUUGCGCACACUGAACUCAGCUGCCGAUGUUGAUGAUGAGGAAGAUGAAGAUGAAGAUGAAGAUUGAAAGUAGCAUUAAAGCAUAAAUCUUGAACUUGUUUUUCGUUGCCUCCAGUUUUUCUUGAACCUUUCACUUGUUAUUUAAAUUUUUGGGCAAUUUUGCAGCUUCUUGAGUGUUUAAUUUCUUAUUAGAUAUAUAGUACGAAGGACUUUGAAUUUAAAACUUUUAAUAAAAAAAUCAAAGUUAU